AUGGCUGAUAAAUCACAAAUCAAAAUCAAGUUCUUCACCAGAGAGGAAGACGAAUCUCUUCAUGUUAAUGAAAACCCAUUAUAUGUUCCAAUCUCUUUGAAAAGAUUUGGUUUAUCAGAAAUUGUUAAUCAUUUACUAGAGACUGAAUCACCAGUUCCUUUUGAUUUCUUAAUCAAUGGUACCUUGUUACGUACCUCUAUUGAUGAAUACCUUACCACUCAAGGGUUAUCAAGUGAAGCUUUCCUUACAUUAGAAUAUACAAGAUCAGUGUUACCUCCUUCAUAUUUAGCAUCUUUUAAUAAUGAAGAUUGGGUUUCUUCAUUAGAUGUUAAACAUAAUCAAAUCUUAUCAGGUUCUUAUGAUGGUAUUGUACGUACCUGGGAUUUAUCUGGUAAAGUUCAAAAACAAUAUUCUGGUCAUUCAGGUCCAAUUAAAGCUGUUGGUUGGGUAUCAGAAACUAGAGUUGUUACAGGUGGUAAUGAUAGACAAAUCCGUUUAUGGAAAACAAGUGCAGUGGAUUCAAAUGGUAUUAAAGAUAUUGAUGAAGAUGAAGAUGAACCUGAAGAAGGUAAAACUUUGGCCAUCUUAGAAGGUCAUAAAGCUGCGAUUAGUGGAUUAGCUGUUAAUGAUAAUAGAAUUCUUUCAUCUGGUUAUGAUAAUGCAAUUGGUCUAUGGUCAACAAAUUAUAAAGAAAUGACAAACAUUGAUCCUUUAGCUGAUCCAAAUAAUAAUGUCACAUCAACUGCAGCAAAAAAGAGAAGAAAAUUAGCUUUACAAGAUGCUUCAAUCAGACGUAGAGCCCCAUUAUCUUUCUUGGAAGGUCAUUCACAACCAGUUGAAGAUAUAAUGUUUGCACCAAAUGAUUCAACUGUUGCAUAUUCAGUUUCUCAAGAUCAUACUAUUAAAACAUGGGAUUUAGUUACAGCUCGUGCAGUUGAUACAAGAACCACAGGAUUUUCAUUAUUAUCAAUUGCAUCAUUAACAAAAUUAAAUUUAUUAGCAUGUGGUUCAUCAGCUCGUCAUAUAACGUUACAUGAUCCAAGAGCUAGUGCAACUACUGUGACUCAAUCACAAUUAAUCGGUCAUACCAAUUUUGUUGUUUCAUUAGCACCAAGUCCUGAUAAUGAUUAUAUGUUUGCCUCAGGUUCUCAUGAUGGUACUGUUAAAGUAUGGGAUAUUAGAGCUCAAAAAGCCCUUUACACUAUAACAAGAGAAUCUGGUGUGCCAAAAGGUCAAGAUAAAGUGUUUGCUGUUUCUUGGGAUCAAACUGGUAUUAUAAGUGGUGGUCAAGAUAAAAAAAUACAGAUUAAUACUGCAGGUCAAUUACCAAAUAAUUAA